AUGAAUAUUUCAGUCACUGGACUGAAUAUAUAUAUAUAUAUACAUACACACACACAUACACAGAGGUGUACGCGUGUGUGUAACUUAAAUGCCUUAAAAAAAAACCACGUUAUGUUGUCAGUUUUAUUGUUGCUAUCUACGACAACAAUGACAAGGUGGAAUGUUUUGCGAACUUUCCACAAGAAUUGGUCUGAGAUGAACCGGAAGAAGUUUACAUUGGGUUUACUAGAAUCGCCCGAGGAUGUGAUUAGGUUGAGAUGGAACCUGCACCCCUGUACUUUACUGGAAACACUCUCACAAGUGGAGCUACCCUUUAUAGUUCAAGCAGAGAAUAGCAGCAAGUGGCCUUACGCUGAGCAAUGUUUUGAUUGGGCCCAGCCUUUACUGAUGUAUCAGCAAAUAUCUGGAGUGAAAGUCUACGCUCAAAUGAUCGAUCAAUCAAAUGGAGUACCAGAAACCGUCGACCAAGUCACUUUCCGUAAUCCCCAACUCUUUGUUAUUCCAAUAGAAUGCCAAGGAUGGUUUGAACUGUUGGAUCGGAGAUUAGAAGAGGGAGACAGAGUUGGCAGUAACUCUUACUUGGACACGAGCUCACAAUGGGAGGGAAGCGCAGGGAAUUGGAAUACAUUGGCAAAAGUGAUCGCUGCCAUGCCUGUCCGUUUCUUGUCCUUGUUUCCUUUGAAAGUUUUCGUCUUAGUUUCAGAAACUGAUGAAGACUCAUGUUACGAGAAAACAACUCUUCCACCAUAUUCAGAAUUGCAGGUACCUUAUUACCUUUUGUCGUGAUUCACCUUCGUUCGUUAU